AAUCGCGUACUUUGAGAAAUACGCGAACAACUCCGAUUUGAAUAAGCAGACAAAAGAAUAAUAUUGGUAAAGUACUGUUCAAGUUGUAUUAAAGUCAGAAAUUGCCUCGCAUACUUUCCAAUUAAUAUGAAUGCUAUCAUAUCUUUCUUGUAUAUCUAAGAUUUUACACAAGCUUCAAAAUGAAUCCCCAGCCAAAUUCAAAUUUGGAACAGUCGUUGGUAACGGAGGCGGGCCAUAUACAAGCCCAGUAUUCAGCUUUUCAGAACUUUGAGCAAUACACCGCUGCCGGAUAUACAAAUGCACCGUUAUAUAUUUCAAAGCCAACUGGCAUGGGGACGCUCACGCGCAUUAAUCCCCAUUGCUCUACAAUUGGAUCUCAGAGUAAAAUAGAAACCGCUUCUCAAGAAGUGACCAUUCCUGGUAUGGAAGCCCAUACCUUAGUGCCGACCGUGCGGUAUAUACAAGCACCACAGUUUGAUGAAGGAGCCGAUUUUGGCUUGCCUGGCUUACCGCCAUGUGGGCUAGAGCCACAUUAUACAGACGAGCCAGCUAUACCAUAUGGUUAUACUGCAGAUUCCAAUUAUGGAUUGCCGGGUGUCAGUGCAAAUAUGAAACAAUUUGCUUCACGUCCAUUCGAUAAUAACUUAAAUGGAUCUGAAUCAGCUAUUGAUUCUCAAUGUAGAUCUUUUGAAAGUCAAGGCGAUUUCAAGUUAGUACCAUUCGCCACAAGCUCUCUUAACACUGUGCCGCCUAGAGUUGGCGAGAAAGAGGAUUUCAUUGGUGGAUCGGACAGUGAUCUAUGUUCAACAAUGAGGUGGCGUGACCCGAACCUCUCCGAAGUUAUAAGCUUUCUAAGUAAUCCUAAUAAUGCUAUAAAAGCGAAUGCUGCUGCAUAUCUGCAGCAUUUGUGCUACAUGGAUGAUCCGAACAAACAGCGUACAAGAACAUUAGGAGGAAUACCACCAUUAAUUCGAUUAUUAUCGUAUGAUGCUCCAGAAAUUCAUAAAAAUGCUUGUGGAGCAUUGCGCAAUCUGUCGUAUGGCAGGCAAAAUGAUGAAAAUAAACGUGGAAUUAAAAAUGCUGGCGGAAUCGAAGCCUUGGUGCAUCUUCUUUGCCGGUCGCAGGAAACUGAGGUUAAAGAAUUGGUAACUGGAGUCUUAUGGAAUAUGUCCUCGUGCGAAGACAUUAAACGGUCAAUUAUUGAUGAGGCGCUGGCUGCUAUAGUAUGUAAUGUAAUAAAACCCCAUUCAGGAUGGGAUCCUAUUUGUUGCGGAGAGACAUGUUUCUCCACUGUAUUUCGCAAUGCUUCGGGAGUUUUAAGAAAUGUCAGCUCAGCUGGAGAACAUGCGCGAGAAUGCCUUCGUAACUGCGAAAACUUGGUCGAGUCUCUGCUUUACGUAGUUCGAUCAUCGAUUGAGAAGAAUAACAUUGGAAAUAAAACAGUUGAGAAUUGCGUUUGCAUUCUUCGCAAUCUGUCGUAUCGAUGCCAAGAAGUUGAAGAUCCCAACUACGAUAAGCAUCCGUUUAUUAUACAGGAAAGGACUGUCCCAUCCUCUUCGAAAGGUGAAAACUUGGGCUGCUUUGGAACAAGUAAAAAAAAGAAGGACUUGGCAUUGAAUGAGUCGCAACAAGACUAUAUAUUUUCAACGGAAUAUGCAAAGAAUUCAAGAACAAACAAUAAAACCAAUAAGGGAUAUGAACAACUAUGGCAACCGGAAGUGGUGCAAUUCUAUCUUUCGCUGCUGCAAAGCUGUUCAAAUCCAGAAACACUUGAAGCCGCUGCUGGUGCAAUUCAAAAUUUGUCGGCUUGCUACUGGCAACCGAGCAUUGAUAUUCGAGCAACUGUGCGCAAAGAGAAAGGUCUUCCGAUACUGGUCGAACUUUUGCGUAUGGAAGUUGAUCGUGUCGUUUGUGCCGUUGCCACAGCACUGCGCAAUCUUGCUAUUGACCAACGAAACAAAGAAUUGAUUGGAAAGUACGCUAUGCGUGAUUUAGUCCAAAAACUACCAUCUGGAAACGCUCAACAUGAUCAAAAUACGUCAGACGAUACCAUCACGGCAGUAUUGGCAACUAUAAAUGAAGUCAUCAAAAAGAAUCCAGAGUUUGCGCGUUCACUCUUAGACGCAGGUGGUGUAGAUAGACUAAUGAAUAUAACAAGACGCAAAGAACAAUAUACUACAUGCGUUAUAAAGUUUGCCAGUCAAGUUUUGUACACAAUGUGGCAGCAUCAUGAGCUGCGUGAAGUAUAUAAAAAGAAUGGGUGGAAGGAACAGGACUUUGUUAAUAAACACUUUGCAGCACACAGCACCCCGCCAAGCUCACCAAAUAAUGCUAACAAUACUCUAAAUAGACCAAUGGCAUCUCAGGGACGAACGCGUUACGAGGAUCGAACAAUUCAACGUGCCCCGAAUUCAUCUUAUAGAAAUAAAGAUGCACCACCUGGAGCUGUCAUGUCCAGCAACGAUUCCGCAUUGUUGUCCGAAAUGGUUCGAAAACAAUUAUAAAGUGUAUAUUUGUUUUAAUUUUUUUUAUUUUACUAGUUAUAUAUACACACUAUAUAACUCUUAAAAUAACUAAGAGGUGAAAAAAUAAUUGUUUUACUGGGGCUUUAUACUUUUCUCUAAGGUGGUAAAUUGAAUGAAAGAAAGAUCUGUUUGUUAAAAUUUCCAUUUUUUUACUUUUUUUAUUUUUCGGAUACGACUAAACUUAAUAUACAUAUCAAUGCAAAGUAAUAUAACUAUAAAAUAUGUGGGAAACAUAUUUGAUAAAAUUUAAGGAUUAAGCAUCCAAACAUUUUCUUCAUUUUCCAAAAUGAACUCAAAUUACAAAUCUUUAAAAUGGGUGCCUAGGAGGGAUACUACCAGGAAAGAAGAAAGAGUAUACAUGGGUUUCGCCACUCAGUAAAUUCUCUUAAAAUGGUCGAAAGCUUUCAUGAUUAUCUUAAAAAAUUAAUGUAAAUCCCAUAACUUGACACAGUUUACGAACUUCUUAACUCUUUUUAAUUACAUUUCUCUAGAUUCCAUGAAUAAAAAUAUUGUAAAAAGUUUAGUCCACAUAUGUAUGAAAUCUCAGCGAUUGGAUUGCUCGAGACGGUUUUGCUUUAUGAUAAGAUUAUGGCAAUGAAGCUAUUCCACAUUUGAUUUGAUCACCAUUGAUUCUUAGGCCUUAAAUUAUAUCAGGAACGUAAAUGGGUUGCUCUAAAGUGUGUCUAUAUUAUUUCUUAAGUUUAGAGAUAGUAUAUAUAUAUUUUGUUUUCGAAUAUAUCUUAAUGGAUCAAAAACUUUCUGGAGCUAAGCGUUAGACCGCCCUUAGAUUAAAUAUAAGACCCCAAAGAACAAAUUUUGUGUUUCCUAAGUUAUUGUAUUUAAAUUGUAUUGUUUUUCUUAUUACUUAUACUUACUAAGAUUAGUACCGAUUAAAAUAAUUAUAAGAGGUGUAAUUCAUUUCACACCGACUGUAUGCAUUUGACUACAUAAUAAAAGAAUUAGAUUAUUCGUGUAGAUUUAUGUAUGUAUAUAUUGUUACACAAUUAAAAACAAAAAUUACACUGGGUAGGGCUUAUAAUCAGAGGCCGUAACGGUCGUGAGUAUUGCAUAAAAAUAUUAACUUAAUUAAUUAUUUAUUGAUUUUUACUCUAUAUAUUA